CUCAUAACAGCAGCUGGCGGCUCGGAGAGACUUUAGAGAGCGAGUUCAGCGUAAACACUUAGCUGCUUCCUGGCUCCACAGAGUCCCAACCAGCGCUUCGCUUCAAAGCUGCAGACAGACAGAAAAACACCGUCUUUUGACACGGCUCACUGCGCAUGCGCAAACUAUCAGACGGCGCAUCGAUCCAGGAACUCAGAUCGGCACUGAAAAGUUUGAAACAUGACCACUUCAUGGAGCGACCGAUUGCAGAAUUAUGCCGACCUGCCUGCCAACAUGGACGGCCUCACCAUGAAGAAAUACAGGAGGGAGCCCUACCACAGAAUCUUUGUCAAUAGAAGUUUGGCGAUGGAGAAAAUCAAGUGCUUUGGCUUUGAUAUGGAUUACACUUUAGCAGUAUACAAGUCACCUGAGUACGAGUCAUUAGGCUUUGAACUGACCGUGGAACGCCUGGUCUCCAUCGGUUACCCCCAAGAGCUGCUCAGCUUCGUCUACGAUCCAUCAUUUCCCACCAGGGGCCUCGUGUUUGAUACCAUGUAUGGAAACUUACUGAAGGUUGAUGCUUACGGUAAUAUCCUGGUUUGUGUUCACGGAUUCAACUUCCUUCGAGGCCCCGAAAUUCGUGAAAGAUAUCCAAACAAGUUCAUUCAGAGGGACGAUACAGAACGUUUUUAUAUCCUGAACACACUCUUCAACCUGCCAGAAACCUACCUUUUUGCUUGCCUCGUGGAUUUCUUUUCCAACUGUGACAGAUACACAAGCUGUGAAACUGGUUUCAAAGACGGCGACCUCUUCAUGUCCUACAAGAGCAUGUUCCAGGAUGUCCGGGACGCCGUGGACUGGGUCCACUUUAAGGGGACACUGAAGGAGAAGACGGUGGAGAACCUGGAGAAGUACGUAGUGAAAGAUGGGAAGCUGCCGCUCCUCCUCAGCCGGAUGAAUGAAGUGGCUAAAGUUUUCUUAGCAACCAACAGUGACUACAAAUACACCGACAAAAUCAUGACUUACCUGUUUGACUUCCCCCAUGGCCCAAAGCCUGGGACCUCCCACCGACCCUGGCAGUCUUACUUUGACCUGAUCCUGGUGGAUGCCAGGAAGCCGCUGUUCUUCGGGGAGGGGACGGUGCUCAGACAGGUGGACACGACCACAGGACGUCUAAAAAUAGGGACCUACACCGGACCACUGCAGCAUGGAAUAGUGUACUCUGGAGGUUCUUCAGAUAUUGUGUGCGACCUGCUGGGAGCUAAAGGGAAGGACAUUUUGUACAUCGGGGAUCACAUCUUUGGAGACAUCCUCAAGUCCAAGAAACGCCAGGGUUGGAGAACGUUCCUGGUCAUACCUGAGCUGGCCCAGGAGCUGCACGUCUGGACCGACAAGAGCUCAUUAUUUGAGGAGCUACAAGGCUUGGACAUUUUCUUGGCAGAGCUUUACAAACAUCUGGACAGCAGCAGCAACGAGAGGCCUGACAUCAGCACUAUUCAGAGAAGAGUCAAGAAAGUCACUCACGACAUGGACAUGUGCUACGGCAUGAUGGGUAGUCUGUUCCGCAGCGGCUCCAGGCAGACUCUGUUCGCCUCGCAGGUGAUGCGUUACGCCGACCUGUACGCCGCCUCCUUCAUCAACCUGCUGUAUUACCCCUUCAGCUACCUGUUCAGAGCCGCGCACGUCCUGAUGCCCCACGAGUCGACAGUUGAACACACACAUGUGGACAAAGACCUGGAGUCCCCGCUGGCCACACGGAACCGCACCCACUGCAGCGACUGCAAGGACCUGGAGUGCAAGCGCAACCAGCUGACCCGCUCCUUCAGCGAGAUCAAGCCCCCCAACAUGUUCCCCCAGGCCCCCCAGGAGAUCACUCACUGCCACGACGAGGAUGACGAUGAAGAAGAGGAGGAGGAAUAAACUGAGCCCAAAGAGCUGAGCCUACUUCUUGUUCCCCAGUAGAGUCGGAGCGCGAUCUCUCUCCAGUUUGAAGCAGGAAAAAGAAAUCUCCAGAAUGUGUGUGUGUACAAAUAUUUACUGUGUAUAUAAGAAAUACUGUGUGAACACAGACACACACACUCUGGAGAUUUGAGACGGACCAGCAGGAGAGGAGAUCAGAAGACUACACGCAUGCUCGCUCCUCGUAAAUAUCCCACACGAACUUUCCCUGAUUUUUUUUAAUCCGACUUUUAAGAGCUGAAAUAGUUUUAGUCGUGUUUACGCUCGAAACCGCCAGAUAUGGUCAUUUACUGUAACUUUAACAACAACAAAAAACAAGCUGACAAAAAAUGCACCAUUUAAAAAACAAAACRUUUGCGAGUUCAGAACAGGUCUUCUGCUACUUGGGAGCAACUUGCAUCUUUUCAUCUGUUUUUGUUUCUUUUCUGCUCGUAUGUCAGAGCGUAUGUUUAUCUGCCAAAGUGACCUCGCUCUGACCGUGGCGUCCUGAGCGACAGUCGCUGAUGAGGAGGAACGCCGAAGCACAAGCUGUCAGAAUGAGUUCAUAGCGUAUUCUGUUUGAGGUCUGAUGGGGGGAGGAAAGGUUUUGUUGAGCUAAAGUUUUGUUUCUAAAAAAACAAAAAGGACAGAGUAUGGUAGCUGUGUUUGAUUUUCAGUAUGUGUAAAGUGGGUUUUUAUCUUCAUACUUUAAUGCCUCAGGUGGUAUUAGUUUCAGCGUGGUCUGAUUUUAAGAGGAAACUUUGCACUGGAGUAUUAGUGGUGAGAAGAAGCAGAGAACCAGAUUUGGACAUGUGUGAAGUGAUGAUUUUUGUUGUUGCCAAGCGUCCAAUAAGAGCUUAAAGGUUUGAAAAGGUGAGCUCUGUUCAGAGGACAGCCAGCUUCUUGUAUUGCAGAUUUGGUUGUUUUUAACAGAGGAAGCGUGCGCAGUAUUCUCUGAACACUGUGAUCAUUUUAUAAUAAUGUAGCUUCUGACUGUGGUACUCCACUUUGUGUUUGCUUUGAUCUUAUUAUUUUUUACAAACCAGACAUUUAAAACAGGUCCAUUUCUGUGUAAACAAAACUGACAGAACAUGAAACUUUAUUUUUAUCGAUGUGAGUGGAAAUUUGAUUUGUUUAGUUACCUCAAAGUGACCAAGUCUACAGUGUCGAUUCUUGUUUUCACACUCCACUGUGUUACACCCUGAAAUGUUUAAAACAAACCCACAACUGAAGAACCAAAUGUACGAAGGAGCUGCUGUAAUUUGGAUGAGAUGAACUUGGCUGCAAUAUGCUGUUUAGCCACUAGAUGUCACCACAUCCCCCACAUUACGUUAAAUUUUUUCAGAAAAUGCACAUUUGAAGUUUCUGACAAAAGGAGAAACCAAGUAAAAGCUUCUUUAGACACUUUUAAUCACCGUUAAGAUUCAAAACAAAAUAUCAUUUAAACUUAAAUCAAGCUUAGCAGAGCUGCACGAUAUUAGGACAACAUGCAAAACUAGUGUUUGAUGUUGCAAUGAUUAUAAAUAAACCCAAAGGUUUUGUCAUCGCAGUGUUCACACCACUUUCCUUGUGCCGCAGUGGGCAUUCAGAGGACUGCRGGUCCAUCUGAUUUACAAGUUUGCAUGUUUUCAAAUAAUCUGAUAUUGCAGUAUUGAAACAUUUUCUGUAUAUUCUGCAGCACCGAAGUGUAGAUUUUUAACGACAUUUUUUGUGCGUUUUUUCUGCAGCAGCACUGCGCUGGAAAAAUCUGCAUAAUUUUACCGUCUUGUAUCGUGUUGCUCUUCCUUCACUGACGUGACUUUUGUCUUUGCAGACUGUCUGCUUUUGUCCUCGGAGAGUAAAUCCUCUGAAAUGUUAAAGUUUUUAUCAGAAAACGGUCGGCGCUUCACACGGAGUUGAAGCUGGUCAGAAAAACAAGUUUUCAGUCCGUUCAAUGGACACCAGUGUUGAUGUGUCUGAACUUCAAACAUGGUAACUUUUUCUUUUUUUUAAAAUUCUCUCCUCAAACAUCUGCUGUGUUCUCACAUCUGUCUGAAGUAUGCCRUGUCACUUUUGUAAAUAUCGGAUCGGCCGGACGUUUAAGGCCACAAAAGGGAAGGAACUUGUCAUCUUUUUUUUUUUUUUUUUGCAGAACUUUUUGGUUUGAGUUGAAGUGGAGUUAAAAACAUUCAUGACCGUUUUCAUUCUUUUCUUUUUUGGGACCUUUUUUUCUAACAGAAAAAUGCACGACUGCUGUGUUUUAUUUUGGGKUUUUUUGUUUUGUUAAAAAAAUGGAAAUGCUACACGAGGCCACUGUAAUCACUCGCAGUUUUGCAUAAUUUGCAUGUGUACAUGUGUUCUGGCACAACGGUUCUGAUAACAUCAGUCUUACCUCGACAUGGUUUUUAUGACUUCUGAUGUUUUUAUAAUUAGUUGGUGCACAUUACACACAUGGAAAAACUGCAAACCUCGGCAAAACUAAUCUGAAAUAGAGGAUUAUUGUGAUUAACUUUUAAAGUAUCGUAACUGAUGUGUUUCUCAGCACCGCGGGGUUCUUAUUUUUCUAAGAUUUUUUUAUUUAAAGGUUUAUAAAACUAUAACUAUAAAACUAUAAAUAAAUAUUUCCUCUGUCUUUUUUUACUUUACUUAUUUUUAAAUAACAUUUUUAUGCACUACCACAGAUAUCUGUCACUCACUUUUUAAAGCCCGGCGAUUCGGUUUGUUUCCAUCGGUGUCRCAUCCAGAACCAGAACUCGUUUACAGAACCUUUUGUUUUCUGAACGGUAGUGAUUAUUUUGUUGUUUUUAUUCCUACAAGUUUGUUCUUCUGGAUAAUGUUUUGUUUUGUUUCCAGAAAAUGUCCUCCAUACUGUACAUUAAAGAAACAUGGCAUCAAAUCUAGAAUAAAGUUAGUUUCUUAUAA